AUGGUGAAAAGACGAGCGGAUGAUGUUUAUGGGAUGGAGCGCGCACAUUUAAACGCUGUUUCAGUGGGAGAUUUCGGAAACCGAGGCGCAUUCACUACAGUCAUGACUGCGGGACGCUGUAGGGAUUUCACCAGAGAAUUUACAAGCGACAUUUGUACGAGCUCACCAAAACCAAUGAAUAGCCGAUCUGAUCCGGCUUCUCCAUCUGCUUUACCUGAAACAAUGGCAUCUGAAGCUUUUCAAGGCAAAGCAGUUUGCACAAGGUGUAGAGAGCACAUCCUAGACAGGCAUCUGCUUAAGGUGAAUGACUUAUGCUGGCACGUACAAUGCCUUUCAUGCAGUGUGUGUCAGACCACUCUGAGCGAACACACAACCUGCUUUGUCCGAGAGCAAGAGGUUUUCUGCAAGCUACAUUACUUCAGGAGGUUUCAGACAUGGUGCUCGUGCUGCAGAGAAACGCUUCACUCCUCAGAUUGGGUUCACAGAGCAAAGGGAAAUGUUUACCAUCUAGCAUGUUUCUCCUGUUUCUCCUGUAAGAGGCAGCUGUCCACCGGAGAGGAGUUCGCAUUGGUUGGGCAAAAACUGCUGUGUCGAAUCCAUUACAACAGCAUGCUGGACAAACUCAAAAGACCUGCAGAAAAAGGAAAAUCCAUCAGUCCUGAAGAUGCAUUGGCUGCUGGCUGUGAGAUCAAACAAAAAGCAUCUAAAAGAGCACGUACCAGUUUCACUGCAGACCAGCUCCAGGUUAUGCAGGCUCAGUUUGUUCAGGACAAUAAUCCAGACACACAGAUGCUUCAGAGUCUUGCUGAACAGACUGGACUCAGUCGACGCGUCAUUCAGGUCUGGUUUCAGAACUGCCGCGCACGUCAUAAGAAGCACGUUUCUACUCCUCAUUCCGCCGGUCUGUCUUCACUGUCAUCCACAUCCACUGUGAAUGAGCUGAGAUAUACAGACACAACCCUGCUUACAGGACUGCACAACACCUGCAUACAUGUGAACACAGCAUCAUCUCUGCUCUAUCAGCCCUUACUGUACCACCAGUCAACUCAUCUACCAAUCAGCAGCUAA